AAUUCGUAUAUAUUUUGUUAAGUACAAUGGAGAUGCUGUGUGUUUGCAUCGCCGCCUUGUUGCAGUUGAAGGGUUACUCCAUAUUCAUUAUGCAGCCGGAGGAUGCAUGCUCGCCAGCACCACCACUUGGAAGCUAUUUCUUUCUGCUGGCCACAAUCUGUUUUCUGUGGGACCUUAACAUCUAUCCCCGUCGGUUCGAGCACAUGAACAAACGCUGGAAGCUAUUUGUUGAGCUUGUGGCCUGCAUAUUUCUUGCCGAGAUCGCAACGCUGAUCAUUUGGUGUGGGCUGGAGCGCGUUGUUUGCUUUGUAACGCAGAAGCUGAUCGGCUACCUCAGCCAGGGCAACUGUAAGGAGCCAUUAAGAUACUGGCUGCUAGGUCUCGCCACCACUUCGGUGGGUGGUUCGCUAUUCUGCUUCAUCAUGGAAGCCACGCAGCAAAAGUUCGGGAGCACCUGGCAACAAUUGUGGUACAUGGUGAGCAGCCUUUGGCGCAUGAACAGCUGCGAUAGGCGUCGCACCCUAAAGGCCUGCCACAUGGCCAUGUUUCCCUCCAGGCGAAACUGCGAGAAUGGGGAGGAGGAAGACGAGGAGGAGGAGGAGGAUGAUGGGGACGAAGAGGAGGGUGAUAGCGAAGGAAACCAAGUUAGCGACUGAAUUGGUGGGUCUGCCACGGAGCAAAUCAUGUCCUCGCAUUUCCGUGUGUGUGCCAUGUGUGUUGUGUGUUGUGUGCUCUAUCCAUUUGGAAUUUAUAUUGCGAGUUCACAUUUCGACGAGAUUUUUUAGCCUGCACGCAACGGAAAUUGACUUUCCUUCAUUCCCCUUUUCCACAUCGUCCUAGCCAUCUGUCUUAUACAUUUUGGCUAUCUGUAACAAUAAAUUGCGUUUGCGUGAACAGCAAAGAAAAAAAUAACAGAAGAUAAAUU